GUUCUAUGUGGUUUAAAAAAAAAUCUCACAGUAUUUUUCCAAUAGCUAAAUAGUUUCAAGACAUCACAUCAAAGGAAAUGCUGUAGGUUUGAAUGCAUCGCAACACAUUUUAUGCUCUCGCAACCUAGAUUUCAUCGUCCAGUAAUUGAGUCGAUUUGCACAAGGCUUUCCUCUCUAUAAUGCAAAACCACAUAGGCCAACAGGUGACUGAACCCACAAGGAAAAAUGAGGGCCGAGCCAGUAUGCAAUCCUCAGCAUUUGAGGUUAAAAAGAAACUCCGUCACAAGUGUGGGAAUUUUUUUUCACAAAGAAUGGAGCUAUAAAAGCUAUGAAUGUCAGUGGUUGUUUAAAGCACACUGAGCUACUGUACAGACUGUACCUUACGUUUCAACCCUCUCUGAAACCGAACCAGGAUGUGGAUUGUAACCUUGCUCGCCCUCUGCACUGUCCUGUGCUGCGCUCAAGGCCACAAGCAAGAAGAGUGCUUGAACCUGCAUAUCACUCCACCUAUGAUCAAAGACAUGAUGGAGACUUCAGAACUCAUCCAGAGACAUCUACCUAGGGACAAUGCACCCUUCCACCGAAUAUUAGUAAAACUUAAAAAGUGCUCAAAGAAACUGAAUAUUCCUGACUUCAAACGCAUCCUGGAAAUCUAUGAUGAACAUGUAUUCCAAAAGUUGUGGAAGAACAGCACUUAUCAGCUGCCAAAACUGUUUAUGGAUUCUGUCGCAAGGCUGAAGGACACGAUGGAGAUCUGUGAGACUAAAGGCAAACAAACUCCUUCACACUGUGCAAGAGAGAAUCUUAAAACAAUCGAGGACAAACUUAAGACGCUGCAGCCAAAUGGUCUCUGCAAAGCACAGAGUGAGUUUCGCAGUGUUUUGGUCUGGAUCAGUUACGCCAUGGAUAAGAGAAGGACACACGAGAUCCACUAGCUCAGAUGAAUCAGGAUUCAGUAUGGAGGCAAAUACAUUUCUACACACCCAUCCACACACAUCCUGCAGUCGAGGAACCAGGUUCAAAUGAACACAAAUACCAUAAAAUACACAGUGGCUUGAGUCAUAUAAAAACACUAUCACUUCCUCUAUCAGUUAUCAACAGACUGCUUCCAAAGCAAUUCAUUUGAUUUCCAGACUACACCAGCCAUCAAGUUACAUCCUAGGAUUUUUCUAGGUUAAUUUAACAAAUCUCAGGGAAGCUAUGGCAUUCUUUCACAUAGCAAAUAGACCCAAUGCUUACAUGCAUUGGUUAGACAAUCAUUUGGGUAACUUGGCAUUAUGAAUAAAAAUAUUUGUAUAAAAGGCAUUUAAAGGAUACAGAGUAAUAUCAAAGAAUUGAAAGCAUAUUUAUUAUUUUCUUUGUGCAUUUGUGUUAAUUUUCAAAUCAAUAAUUUAUUUUUUAUUUGUAUUUUUGUUUAUAUUUGUAAUUCAUUUGAACCGUUUGAAAUGCUGAAGUGGAAAUGAGAGUUAUUUUAAUCUAAAAUAUAUAAUAUUUAUUUUAUUAAGUUAUAAUCAGACAUUAUCUGUAGGCCUUAUUCUCUCUGAGAGCAAUCAUUCAUUGUCAGUGUCAUAAAUGAACAAGACCAGCCAUAUUUGAAUUUGAAUGUACAUUGCUACAUGUGAUGUAGUAUUAUUUGCGAACCUUGAAAUUGAAUAAAGUUUAAAUCAGACUGAGAGCUUGCCAUUGUGUUGGUAUUUUCAAGGCUUUUCAGUGGUGUAGAAUGUAAAUGAUACAGCACUGAUCUAGCUGUCUCGCACCAUGGGUGGUAUUAGGUUGCCUCUAAUUACUGUUCAGGGUUCUAAUUGUGUCCAACUUAACAUUGAAAAUACAGUAUCAACGGACUGCACAUAGGAAUGGCAUACUCA